GUGUGUUUUUCCACACAUCCCCUCCUCCAAUGCACAUUUCAAUACUUAUAUAACACUAAUAAGCAGUGACCCAGAACGGCCAAUCAAACGCUAGACAAGUCAAUCGAGCGUACAAAAAAACUGAUGUUAAGAAGGAAUCAUUGCGGAUAUCACAGCCUUACGGAGAGGAUUUAUUUUUGAUAAGUUUGGGAUAAUUUUUCUUGGGUAGAAAAAUGACCGGGAACGUUUCUGAUGUUGCUCCGGGGCUCUCUGUGUUGGAGGAUAACAUGAACCACUUCUUUUUGAUUAUCAUGGGAAUGUGCAUUGUUUUUAUGCAAUGUGGAUUUGCCUUCUUAGAAGCUGGGGCAGUUAGAAGCAAAAACACAACGAACAUCCUCAUAAAAAAUGUUAUGGAUUUAUUCAUUUCCGGAAUUUCCUACUGGCUGUUCGGCUACGCCUUCGCUUUCGGUGAUGGCGGCACCGUGGACAAAUUCAUAGGGCUGAAGUAUUUUGCUUCAUCCGAUCUCCCAAAGACCAAAUACGCCAUGUUUUUCUUUCAGUUCACUUUCGCCGCUACUGCGUCCACUAUAGUUUCCGGGGCAGUAGCAGAGCGGUGCGAGUUCGUGGCAUACUUCGUGUACAGCGUGCUCAUAACUGGUUUCAUUUACCCCGUUGUCACACACUGGGCGUGGUCCUCUGGAGGUUGGCUGACGGUCGGUGACACAUACUCCGCCCUCAACAACCAAAGUGUUGGCUACCAGGACUUCGCUGGUAGUGGAGUAGUCCAUGUUCUUGGCGGGGUAGCUGCCCUGGUCGGAGCCAUCAUGCUCGGUCCAAGAAUCGGUCGAUUUCAUCGCAGAUCUGGGACAGUUGCCACAAUAAGAGGCCACUCUGUACCGAUAGCUGCUUUAGGCGGAUUCGUUCUUUUCUUUGGAUUCCUGGCGUUUAAUGGCGGUUCCCAGCUAUCAAUCAGUAACAGUGGUGACGGAGACGCCGUGUCCGUAGUAGUGGUCAACACCAUCAUUUCCGGUUCCUGCGCAGCUUUUAUGUCGCUCAUUCUCAACCGACUUCGUGUGUUCGGAAAUACCUGGAGUCUGCUGGUGACCAUUAAUGGCGCUUUAACUGGAAUGGUUUCCAUAUGUGCUGGCUGUAACGUGUAUGAACCCUACGGCGCGUGUGUGAUUGGAAUAAUUGCUGCGAUAAUCUACAGAAUCGUCUCCGUGAUCUUAGUCAAAAUGAGAGUGGACGAUCCCCUGGACGCUGUUGCGGUGCAUUUUGGAGGAGGCGCCUGGGGACUUGUUGCUGUUGCAUUCUUGGACAAUACCGAUGGAAUAUUUUAUGCUACGGAUCUCAAAUCUGCUUAUAAGCUGGGAUGGCAGUUUAUCGGAUUAGUUGCAAUAGCAGGCUGGACAGCAGUACUAUCAUCUCUAGUGUUUGGAAUCCUUAAAGUCCUUGAUAUACUCAGAGUGUCCAGAGAAGAAGAACAGAAAGGUUUGGAUAUCCCUAAACACAAUGAACCUGCCUAUCCGGUGGAGGCGUAUGGACACGGCCAUAUUGAACGUCUGAUUCAGAUACUGGAGAAUAAUCCAACGAUUGUCACACAAGGAUUCACCAAUGUGGCAUAUGAAAAAGAAGUCACAGACAAAGGGCCAUACGAAAAUCCAGAGGCCAAUCAUGUUGUUGAGAAUGGUGGUACGGGAAAGACAGAGGCUAAUCAUGUUACUGAGAAUGGUGGUACGGGAAAGACAAAUUCAGCCGAUAGCACUCGCAAUUCCCCUAAAGGCGUACGCUUAACAGUCAACAACACGAAACUUUGAGUAUUUAAGUACAUGGUACAUAUACACUAGUACUCGAAUAAAACUAGGUCCCAAAAAUAAAGCAUAAUUUCAAAUUAAGGCAAUAUAAACAUGUACACAGAGAUCUCUAUGACAGGUUACGUAAUACAACUGUAUAUGUAAUGUACAGAUGUGACAGUUAUCAUAUAUUGACAAUGUUAGAUGUAAAUAUUGAUUUGUCUGUGUGAUGAUUAUAGGUUAUAGACUUUGUAUGGGAAAAUAUGACGACCGAGUUUUUUGGCGCGUAGCCGGACCGAGCUUGCGAGGUCCGUUCGCGACAAAAAACGAGGUCGUCAUAUUUCCCAUACAAAGUCUAUAACCUUUUCAUUAUAUACUUUCAAUUUCAUUUAGAAACUAACAAUGAUUUUAUUUUAAACAAUAACUUUAUCAGUUUAACUGAGUAAAAGAUGAAAAACACGAAAAAUUUGAAAAUUAACGGCGUAGAAAUUUGAUUGUGACGUAAUGUUUGCGGGCAUAUAUCGUGUGAUAUAUGCCCGCAAACUUUUAAAGAAAAUAGAAGAGAUGAAAUUGAAAGUAUAUAAUAAUUAAAUAUAUUGUGUUGGUAAGUUGCAUGUAGUCACCCAUACAUUAUCAUUUUUCAUUGUAAUUCAGAAAAAAAUGAUAUCACAUGAUUUAUUAUAAGAUAUCGUAUAACAAUCUACAUAAUAAUGUACAAGAUAUAGAUAACCUCAUGUUUCCAAAAAUACAUCUAAAGAAUAAUAUAUAAUCUACAAUGAAAUUGUAAACCUUGUGUUUUCAAAAAUACAUCUAAAAAUAAUAUAUGCUACAAUUAGAUUGUAAGGUUAACCUUUUGUUUCCAAAAAUAGAUCUGAAAUAAAUAUGACAUUGUGAUCUAGGGAAAUAAUAAAGCAGUUGUACAUAGUAUGCUGAUAUCGGUCAAACCAUUAUUUUUCGCACCAAACAAGAACUAAAAUCGACCUCGGACUUCGUCUUCGGUCGAUAUUGACAUCUUGCUUGGUUCGAAAAAACCAUAAAUUCAUGUAUUCAGCAUGUUAUUAUUAGUAUAUUAUGAUUUUUAUACAUGCAUGUGCAAAUCACGGGGUUCAUUUUCGAUAUUGUACAUGUUAUUAAUUUGAUAAUUUCAAUUGUACAUAUGAUUAUUAGUCCGCUGUAUCCUUUAGCUACAUGUACAUUCAUUAAGAGCCACAGUUUUCCAUCGAAACUUAAGAGAUUAUAUUGCUGUUAAAGAGUGAAUAUGUACUUAGAAUAUCAUUUACAUGAGAUGUGAAAUUACAUGUAAAAGCAUAGAAAGGUUCUAUACUAAGGAGGAACCACAACAGGCUUAAAGUUUAACAGGGCCACAUAGAAAGUAUCGUUUUAAGAUCCUUAAGACUGCAAACACCCUCGUGUACUUGUACACUGCAAAUCAUACACCGGUGAUAGUAUCUAUUUAGAUACCGUACAUAUACUCAUGGACGACUGUUCAAAUCUAUAUAAGGUUAUGCACAUCUCUAAAAGACCGGAGAAACUGUUAAUAAUACCAGUGAUAAAAAUAAGUUUCUGUACAAAAUAAAGAAUGUAGAAAGAAA